AGAAAUUCGAAAUCAUAUCAGACUAUUUGCAAUCAUGGGUGACAAACAUUUUAGAAAAUGUCUGCAAAUGACCCAUCAAACCAUGUGACAGCUAUUGAAAAAGCAUUAACAGAUAUUGAGAUUGUUAGGAAAUAUUUUCACAAAGACAAUGUCAAUGAAUGGGAUGAUGUUGGAAAUACUCCCUUAAUACUCUUAAUUAUCCAUAAUGAUGAAACUAUACAUCUGCCUGAGGAUUUACACAAAUUGUGGGAAAAUAAACGAGAAAUAAUAAGAUUUUUUUUUCAAAUUGGUGCAAAAGUGACAGUGACCAGCAAGUGUGGAGUAACUCCUCUUCAACAUUUUCUCCGGUAUUUUCAUGAAAGUGUAUGCCAAGUUUGUAUCAAAACAAACAAAGGAAGACUCGACGAUGACCUUUUAGAUGACUGGAGAAUGAUGAUUUGCCUUUUGACAGAACAUGGAGCAGAUAUAAAUGCCAUAAAUGAAGAGGGAAUCACUCCAUUAUGGUACUUCAUAUACAAAUUUCUUGAGUUUAAACACGAGGAUUUGAUUCUUCAUUAUUUGUCCGAAGUAAUAAAAUUACUAGUUGGAAGCUUUAAUGCAGAUUUUCACAGAACUGAUAGAAAAGAUCGCAGUCCCUUAGAGUUCACAUUACAUAAAUUGAUAGAAAAUGAAGCAGAAGAACAGACUGUAUUUACCUAUUACUUACAGCGGAUUGUGAAAUAUCUAGCUGAAUGCACAGCAAUACGAUCAAAAACUACAGUGGAUGCCGUUUUAAGAAGACACAAUUUAACAGAAAAGUGGAAAAAAUGUCGAUCAGUUCAG